UAUAUAAACCAGCUUUAUCGCUUUGAUCGUAUUUGCAAUUUCUUUUUUUUUUUUUUCGUGCCCUUGUCUUUCAGCUUCUGUGCGCGCAGAUAUUAUCGACAGGAUACGCGAUGAUAAUGAUGGCCGUCAUCGUAGGUACAGCUCUCCAGCUCGGAGAAGACGGUAUCGGUUCACCCUCGGCCAUAUUUUUGAUAGCCUUAUCCGGUUCCUUCUUUAUAGCGGCCUGUUUACAUCCACAAGAAUUCUGGUGUAUCGUACCCGGCAUCAUUUAUCUCCUUUCGAUACCUUCUAUGUACCUUCUUCUUAUCCUCUAUUCGAUCAUAAAUUUGAAUGUCGUCUCAUGGGGAACUCGCGAGGUCCAAGUGAAAAAGACCAAAAAGGAAACUUAUGGUGAUGGUAGAUCAAAAGGCAUGUAUCGAAAACGAUUCUUCAGAGUGGCAAGUGCUUUUAUUUAAUUCCACGCACAAGUCACAAUACAGCUUUUUUCGUCUGCAAAUGUAUGUUCUAACUUGUUUGCAAAGAAAUAGAUUUAUAUCAAUAAUAUAUUGAGGAUACACUCGUAGAUAUUGUGAUAUGUAUAUAUUUUUUAAAAUAUGUAAUACCAAAAUAAACCUUUUUAAACUUUUCUAGAUAUGCAUCAUAUUGCAUGUCUCAUCAUGUUUACUUAUUCUUCAAAUAUUAAAUUUAUAUUUUUCGAAAUUGAUGAAUUAAAAGAUAUUGCAAAAUAUUGAUGAAUUAAAAUGUCACAAAAAAUAAAUUAAA